GAAUUAGCUCAGGUCAUGUUCCCGAUGUUUGUCCACCUGUAUCUGGAAAUAAUUUACAAAGACCGUCAAAAUUUAGCGCGCACCUUUCUAAAGAAGUUCGGACCUACUCAAGAAGAUUACUAUCAAGAAGAUAUAAACCGAUUAAAGACUAUUAAUAGUAAAGAAGACAUGCUAAAAAAUGAAGUAAUCAAAGAUUUUAGAACGUCCGAUUUUGUUGUUAAAAUGUCAAGAGAUUCCAAUCAAAAACUAAAAGACUUUUUAAUGGAGAAUAAACUUACUUUACUGUCAAAUAUUAUCAAUCAAUCCUUAUAUAUAGAAGUGGUUAGUGGAUACCCUAGGCAGAAAUCCCAAAUUGCUCAGACGGCAGGCGCCCUGACAGGAGAAGUUCGCAAUAAUGCAAACAAGGCAAAGGUUCUAUUUGGGAUUCCGAAGGAAUUAGAUAUUUCUACAAUGUUAGAUAUUGAAAAUGAUAGCGAAGAAGAUGACGAUAAACGACCAAAGAAGAAAAAGCUGAAAAAAGAUUCCGGCUCGGCUGCAAAGCGGAAAAAAGUUAGUAACAAUCCUAAUGCGCCUCCUGCUGAUCGCGUUCCUUUCCCUGAAAUGAAAGAAUCUGAUAUCACUUCACGUGAAGGAGCGGUAAAGGAAAUGCUAGACAGAACCCAUUUGAAAUCGCCUUCAAUAUGCUUUUUUACUGUCUUUAGAGCCUCGAAGGGUCUCACUUGUGCAACACUUUCCGAAGAUUCUACUCGCCUCUGUCUUGCAUAUGAGGAUUGUUCGGUUCAAAUCAGAAGCAUUAGUCGUAAGAAACUUAGGCCGGUAAAAUCAGCUGCAGAUCUAGCAUCAGUCAACAAGGAAGCAGAAGAUGUUAUGGAAAGAAUAAUGGAUGAUAAAGCUGCUACGGACACACGCAAGUUUAUCGGCCAUAGUGGCCCAGUGUAUGCAGUUAGCAUAAAUCCUGAAGGGACUUUCUUACUUUCAGCUUCUGAAGAUGGAACAAUUCGUCUUUGGAGCUUACACACAUUCACAUGCAUCGUCUGCUUUAAAGGGCACAGUUAUCCUGUUUGGGAUGUAAAAUUCAGUCCACGCGGCUAUUAUUUCGUUUCUGGAUCUCAUGACCGAACGGCCCGCCUAUGGACUACCGACAGUAUACAGCCUUUGCGCGUAUUUGUUGGACACUUAUCCGAUGUCGAUUGUGUCCAAUUUCAUCCAAACUGUAAUUAUAUCGCGACUGGCUCGAGUGAUCGCUCUUGUAGACUUUGGGAUAUCCCUACUGGGAAAUGUGUAAGAUUGUUUACGGGCCAUAAGGCCACGGUCAACUGUCUCACGUUCUCAAUCGAUGGUCGUUACAUGAUUUCUGGCGGAUUCGAUAAAUUUAUAUUUAUUUGGGAUUUGCGAAGUGGAACUGUUGUAAAUCAUCUGAAUGGUCAUUUUGGAGCUAUUUAUUCUGUCGUUCUUAACAGGGACGGCAAUAUCCUUGCAUCAGGCGGAGAAGAUUACUCUAUUAGACUUUGGAAUCUUAAGAAAAUUAUUAGCAAGCACGAAGAGAUGGUUAAUAUAGAAAUUAAUGAAGACAAGCCAAAGUCUGAACCUGAAAAUUAUUUGAUUGAUUCUUACAUGACCAAGCAAACACCCGUAUGUGCUGUACACUUUACUAGGCAAAAUUUAUUAAUCGGCGUCGGUGCUUUUAAAUCAGACGACUAAAAAUGAACCCAUGAUGUUGAUGUCCUUUAUUACAAACCCUUUUGUUGUAUGUAAAUACCUCUCUACCUCUAUUAAAGUCUUGAGCCUAAGUAUACUCGUAGGUAAUGGAAAUACUAAAAACUAAUGUAUCUCUGCAUAUUCAAGUUUGCAGUUUGUAUGUUGAUGACAGAAUUUUAACUGAUCUAUUCGUAAGUUACUUGUGUAGUGAGCUUGUUGCACCUUACACUACAUAAGAUUAAAUAAGAGAUUGACCAUACUUCGACUGGAUAUGGUAACUUUUUUGUAUAGUUAAAGUAAACCGUAGCGGUAAUUAUAGCUCAAUGCAUUACGCUCUGUGCAGUAUGAUACUGCAUGAUUAUUGUGAAAUUGAGAAACAAGUACAAUAGCAAUAUUUACCACUUUACGAUGUACUCUUCGUAUUCAACCCAGUACAGUAGUGACUGACUUAGAACUGAAUAUCCUUGCGAGUAUAUUUUGG